AAACAUAAACUAGUCAGUUAAUUUAAAGAACGAAAUGAUAUAUGAAAUGAACGAAGACUAAUAAGUAUUAGACGACUAUUCAUGUUGGUGAUAACGAAAAUAUUUAUUCUUGUGUAACAUGUAAUGACAGUUUUUCUUAGAAAAGUUUACUAGUUGCAACAGUUUUAUUUAAAUGCACACAUUUUUACGCAAGGUGAUUUGAAAUGAACUAAUAUUUCUAAGUAUUAGGACUCAUUCAUGUUAUUGAGAAUACUUAUUCUUAUGUGAUAAGAGUUUUUCUUAGAAAAGUAAUACUGGUUAUUAACCUGAUUCUUGUAAUCAGAGUUUUUCCCAUAGAAGUGACAUGACUAAACACUAUCCUGUUCAAAUGGCUGGGAAAUCAUUUUCCUGUAAUGUAUGUAAUAAGAGUUUUUCAAGCAGAAGUAAUCUGACUAAACACAGUUAUGUUCAUACUGGUGAGAAACCUUUUUCUUGUAGUAUAUGCAGUAAGAGUUUUUCACAAAAAGUUGUUCUAACUUCACACAAUCUAGUUCACACUGGUGAGAAACCUUAUUCUUGUAGUGUAUGUAAUGAGAGUUUUUCACGGAAAAGUAAUCUGACUGCACACAGUCGUGUCCACACUGGUGAGAAACCUUAUUCUUGUAGUGUAUGUAAUAAGAGUUUUUCCCAUAGAAGUAGUCUAACUGAACACAGUCCUGCUCACACUGGUGAGAAACCUUAUUCUUGUAGUGUAUGUAAUAAAAGUUUUGCACGAAGAAGUUAUCUGACUACACACAGUCGUGUUCACACUGGUUAGAAACAUUUUCCCUGCAGUAUAUGUAAUAAGAAUUUUCUACGUAGAAUUUGUCUGACUGAGCAUUUUGUGUUCAUACCAGUAUGAAACCUGAUUCUUGUUGUUAAUUCUUAGAGUUUAUCUUCAUAAAGAGUUUAUAUUUUAUUUUGAGGGUCUCAUUGUUAAUUUUUAGGAAAAUAAAUAAAAAUUUAACGUUUUGCUCUCUGA